AUGGGAAAAUUCUUCAUGGGUCAUGAAGACAGAUACACCAUAUACGUGCAUGCAUCAAGAGAUAGACCGAUUCAUUCAAGUCCAAUAUUCGCUGGCAGGGAUAUUCGAAGUGAAAAGGUGAUCUGGGGCACGAUUUCUAUGGUUGAUGCUGAAAAGAGGCUCUUGGCUCAUGCCCUACAAGAUCCUGAAAACCAGCAUUUUGUCUUGCUUUCUGAGAGCUGUGUGCCACUUCAUAACUUUGAUUAUAUAUAUAGUUAUCUCAUGGAGACAAACGUCAGUUUUGUUGACUGUUUUGAUGAUCCUGGUCCACAUGGAGCAGGUAGAUAUUCUGACCAUAUGCUACCUGAAAUUGUGAAGAAAGAUUGGAGAAAGGGUGCACAGUGGUUUACAGUGAAACGGCAGCAUGCAAUUCUUAUUCUCGCUGACACCCUUUACUAUGGGAAGUUCAAGCGUUACUGUAAGCCAGGAAAUGAAUGGCAUAACUGCUAUUCAGAUGAGCACUACUUGCCAACUCUCUUUAAUAUGGCUGAUCCGACUGGAAUUGCAAAUUGGUCAGUGACGCAUGUAGAUUGGUCUGAAGGGAAAUGGCAUCCUAAAGUCUAUAGGGCUGUGGAUACAAGUUUCGAGUUGCUCAAGAACAUCUCGUCCAUUGAUGAGAGCGUCCACGUUAGCAGCAACGCAAAGCAUGUAGCGCAGAGGAGGCCGUGCAUGUGGAAUGGCAUGAAGCGGCCCUGCUACCUGUUCGCGCGCAAGUUCUACCCUGAGGCGCUUGACAACCUGAUGAACAUAUUCUCGAACUUCACCAUCAUCUGA